CAUGAAGACAGGAGGAAAACAGCAGCAGCGAGGCUAAAACCAUCCCAGAGAGGCCCAGAUGUACCCAAUGGGUGAGAGGAAAGGAAUGGAGGAAUGCACCAAGGGUCCCGUCUCCCUGGGAACUGUGGUCGGAGGUGGCCCAGCUCCGGUGCUGAUGAGUUCCUCCGAUGAGGAGAUCACACGGUUGCAUCACUGCGAGGAACAUCAUGAAGCGCAUUGCCUCUGCUCAGGAGAGAGGGCCCACAUGGCAAGUGCAGAAUGCCAUCCCAGGAGAGAUAUCUUGACAGAGGAUGACAUUUACUGCUGCAGCCUGUCCAAGACCCUGUGCCACACUUCCACCCCAGUCACCGUGGGCUUCUACUCACCCUGUGGAACGCGGCUCCAUUCAUUGCUUGAUCAGAUUGCAGGAUGUAUGCAUAAAGAAUCGGUUCGGAGAGAAGAGAAUGAGUAUAGAAAGACCCACCAGAGGCCUCGGAGAGCAGAAGGUUGGAGCUAUCUCACACUCCUCUGGUACCUGGUCUUCUAUGAACCGGUCAUCACAGAGGUCCACCUCAGGAGAAAGAACAUUGAUUUCCUCUUCAUAAGAUUCAGCGCCUGGCAAUAUGCCGGCAGCGACAAGCUGUGGGCUGGGCUGGUCACCACCCUGUGCGACCAUAUCCGCCACCAUUUUGGGCCUCUUCCUCUCAGCUUCUACCAUGUGGUCGGAAGCAGACCACGAUUUGCUUCUGGGUUCAGCCAAAAUGAGUGGAAGGUCAAAAAGAAAGUCUGUUGUACCGCUGGAGGUCUUGCAGUCGUUUUGAUAGCUGGCGCAGGCCUGACUGCCACGGCUUUCCUUGUGCCGGGGAUAAGAGACGGCAGUGUCUUGAAGAUCCUUGGCAGCACCAUCGCUGCUGUUUCUGGCUCAGGGGCUGUCCUGGCCAUUGCUCCCGUGAUCAAGCACCUGAUCAUUAGCCAGAAGAGGAAGAUUGAGAGCAUGACCAGCGAUGAGAAAUUCACCAGCCACUUGGGCUUCAUGAGUGCGGUGAAGAGAGAGAUUGAAAUCCUCACCAACUUCGUGUAUUACAUGGAGAUCUUUGAGAGGCGGCGGCUGAGGAUCGUCUUUGAGAUCACCAGCUUGGACAUGUGCUACCCAGAAAGGGUGAUUGGGGUUCUCAAUGCCAUCAACACACUCCUUUCGGACACCAAUGCUCCCUUCAUCUUCAUCCUGGUGGUGGACCCGUGCGUCAUCGUUUCAUGCUUAGAGGAAGCUGGCUGCAUGAAGGGCAUGGCUGACAACGGCUACCUCUACCUCAAUCGCACUGUGACGCUGCCUUUUUCCAUCCCAGAGAUCAGCACCCGAUCCAAAAUGCGGUUCUUGCAUGAGGCUUUCCAGACUCGGGAAGACCUGAUGUACAGGAUCAUCACAAGAAAUGUAGAACAGGGAGUCAGAAAGGCCAAAGGAAAAGAAGCGGCAGCCUUGACAGACAUGGAAGCGUCCAUUGAGGUGGACCAGCAUCAGAUUGACACUCAGGCUGUGCAGUACAUCCAUGAAGCUUUCCAUUGCCUGCACAAUGAAUACGAUUGCCUUUACAGGUAUAUCCCUGAUAGCAUCGUCCAGAUGAGGAGGAUCGUCAAUACUAUCCCUAUUACCAUCAGGCUGAUGACCCAACAACAUCUUCUGAGGCACACAAUCUGUCCUCGGUCGGUGGCAGGUUGGGUGGUCCUGUCCAACCAGUGGCCCUGCCGCUUGAGUUGGAUCCUACAGUGCAUGGAGGAUAGGAUGCAGAGCAAACCAACGCAUGACUAUCACAAGGCAUCAAUGUGGCAAGUCUUCACCGAGAAUUGCAAGGAGCUCUUCUCCAAAUACAAGGACCUUGAGAAAAUCAUGGCUUUGGAUGGCGACCCAGAACUCUUUGAGAAAUUCCUUUCGUGCGACUUUCCUUUCCUGGUGGAGGAAGGGGAGAAGUACAUCAAGUACACAGUCAACUUGGACCACUCCAUUAGGCACCGGAUGGGGCACUUGCGGUCGCUGGCGUCCCUGGAAAAGUACUGUGCCAAAGAGGAAGCAGAGGAGUCAGACAGAACGGAUUAAGAUGGUCAAUUUCGAACUGUGCUUCUGUGGAGGUUGCCCAAAACAGUUGAUCAGUUAGUAACAUGAAUUCAGUAAUGGGGGACAAACGAUUUCAAAAGUAUAUUUGUGCUACCCUAUAUGAAGCUGCAGAAAUGUGUUGGCUACUUUCUAGGGCAAUUUCUCAGUUCAGCAAGGGUGAUAGGGAAGCGCAAGAUGCCAUACCUUGUGAACUGAGCAUGCACCCUAGAACACUUCCCAAAAUCCUCUGGGAAUUAGCCAAGGGUUUCAUAGCAGACAAAGUAAUGUGGGGAAGGUUACCUGAAUUCUGGGUGAAGUCUGUCAAACAUUUCCUUUUGAUGGGGAACACGCAACAAUUUGCACCAAGGAAUGGAUGAGAAUAGAUGUGGGGCAUUUUCACGUUUCAUGUUAAAUGGCGCAUUUGAACCUCUUUUGUGUUUUGCGUGUAAUUUAUGAAUGCUAUGAAUAUGUGUGUGAGAGAGAAUGAGAGGCCAAAAAAGAAAUCAAAUGUGCACUAUUGCCAAUUUUAGUUUUGUGUUGUGAUUUGAAGGAGAAAGGCAAAAGUGAAGCCAGGGACAUGGCAGAAAAGUCAGUAUUAAUUGACAGAUGGUAUAAACAUAAUGGAUAGGCUUCUUGCCAGAUCCAAUGCGGCUGCUCUUAUGCUUUCAUGUUCUUAAUUCUGUGACAGCUGACCAGGGAUAUGUGUACAGUGUUUUACAAAUGCAUAAAACCGGAAAAUGUGACACUA